GCCACGGUGGUGAGGAGGGUUGCCAGGCCCAUGGUGCUGUCCCUCUGUCCUGUUUGACAGGCAGCUGUCUUAGCAGUAGCAGUGAGGAAAUGUAACAGUAAUGUCUGCUGCCUCACCAGUCUGCUGCUCAACACCAGUGUGUUGGAGUCUCAUAUUUGUAGCUUCCUUAAUUUUCAGAUUUCCUCUGAGAAUGUUGCUAGCAGACACCUCUAGUCCAGUCUGAAGGAUCUCUCUGUGGUGGAUCAACCUGGUCUUACAAUUCCUUUUGUUCCUUUUUCUGAACCUCAAAUGUUACGCUAGAGAUGGUCUUUCUCAAUUUCAUUGUGUCAUGGAGCCAGGAGUUGGAGUCAUAUGAAGACAUCUAAAAAUUAUUUCAAAUUUGGACCAUCUGUGCUUGGCGGGGCCAGGGUAGGUUGGUACCUACCUGAUUCCUGCCCCAUGAUCGGGAUCGCUGUGCUGUGUAGAAGAGCCCAAAUCCUCUGAGCUGUCUCAUCGUGCAGUUGCUCUGUGUCCCUCCAGCUGGCUGCCUUUAUGUGAAGAUAGUGCUAUUGACAACAUUUUCUACAGCUGGCAGGUGAAAAAGAUUAUUUCCUCUUCUGCAACUUUCUGUCUCUUCUAAAUUCAGAGCAAGAGGUAAAGUCUUUGAAAUGCCCCAGGCUGGAGUGGGAUGAUCCCUUCAGCCAUACCACGGUCACUUUAAUUGUCCCUCUUUCACACUAAUGAAUAAUUAACUGCUCUGUGCAUAUGCACAGGCACGCUGGUCAUGGGCAUCUCUGCGGGGUCGAGGUGACCUGCAGAUGACCACAGGGAGCUGCUGACAUCAGCACACAGUCUCUUGGACUUGCUGCCUGUUUAUCUUCUUGGCCACCAGCUGAUCAAAGCUGAUGUCUCCAUGACCUCAUUGGCAACAAGGGAAGGGUGAGUGCUCCCCAGCCUUCUCAAAGCCUGAGUGUGCAAACAGAUUGAGGUGAGCUGGGUGUGAAUGUGCAGCAAGUCAGCUCCCGCACUGCCAUUCUCUCCAGGUAAGUGCAAGGUGGCUCACGGGAGAGUGGCAGGCUAUUUUUAUUCACAAGGGUAACAGCUUUUCUACAGGAAGUUACCUUGAGGCAAACCCUUGUUAGCUGGUUUGUAUUCCUGUCAUUGGCAUUGUACCUGAAAGCACAAGCCUCAGCCUCCCAAAAUGUGGCUGUGUGUCAGAGCCCCUGCCCUGAGGCAAGUGUUCAAUCAAAUCCAUUGUCCUGCCUGUUGCAAGUUGAGCCAUGCUUUGCUGGCUCCUGAGCGUUAGAAAAAAGACUUUCACCCUACUUUUGCCAUGGAGCUGGAACAUCUUUGGGCGUAUCUGUAAUUUUAAGAGGAGUAAGGUUUAUGGAUCAGAGGUGGAACCUUGUCCUGUGUUUUCCCACAAGAGAUCCCUCUGUGGCUGAUGAACCUGCUGGAUCCAGUCCAAAGGAGGCCACGAAGGUGAUCAGAGGGCUGAAGCACCUUUGCGAUGAAGACAGGCUGAGAGGGUUGGAGUUCUUCAGCCUGGAGAAGAGAAGGCUCUGGAGAGACCUUACACCAGUACCUAAAGGACGUCAACAGGAAAGCUGGAGAGGGACUUUUUGGCAGGGCCUGUUGUGAUAGGACAAGGGUUAGAGGUUUUAAACUAAAAGAGGUUUGUUCUAGAUCAGAUAUAAGGGAAGGGAAGAAGUCUUUUAGAAUGGGGGUGGUGAAACACUGGAACAGGUUGUCUAGAGAGGUGGUGGGUGCCCAACCCCUGGAAGCAUUCAGGGGUAGGUUAGAUGAGGCUCUAAGCAAUACAAUCUAGUUCAAGGUGCCCUUGGUCAUUGCAAGGACAUUGGACUGAGUGACCCCUAAAGGUCCCUUCCAACCCAAACUAUGAUUCUCUGAGGCUUUGGAGCCUCUAAGGCCUCUCUACUUUUUACUAUAGAACUGCUCUCAGUUGCUGGAGGAUUUUUCCUUAUGGAUUUUCAGUGGAAAGCUGGGAAAGUUUGCAACAGUUUGCUUGCUAUUGUUUCCCUCUCAUUUCUUGCCCUCCUGCAUAUUGCUGCCAUUACCUGUCAAAGCAUCAGGCUGAGUCAGAUGUAGAAAAUUAGAUGAAAAACGCAGGGUGAUGGAUGGGUGGCAGCCAAAAUGACUCUUUCUAUCCACCCGUCUCCUAAAGCUGUGAUAGUGGCUCAGAGGCUGUGCCUCAUGACUUCAUCCCUCCCUGCUGAGGGGAGAUGGGAACAUCAUUAUCAGCUGCUGAUGAGUCCUGAUUUGGAGCCAGCAGUAAAAAUGUCCUCGGAUGUAGGGCUCCUCCUCCGCCCCAAGGGUGACUUGAACCUGCUGGGAAGAUGGAGGAAGAGCUGGAGGGGGGAGAUGAGAAGAAAGAGGUGCAAAUUCAGCCCUGUCUCUAUGAUGAUGUCAUGGCAACAAGUCAGGUGAUCAGGGCAGACUUUGAAGGUCUCCAGCCCUUCUCUGUUGCUGCAGGCUCACGUCUGACUCGCUGAAAAAUCUUUUGGUUAAUAUUAAUGCCAGCAUUGAGUGCUUAGGGUGGCAAAUGCCUCACCUAAACCCCCCGCCUUUGCUUUGGAAUGGGAUGCUAAAUCAGGGUGAGGGGGUAGGAUUGCAAGUUUCAUUAUCUGGGAAUGGGACUAACAGUCAGUAGGGUAGCUUCAGCCCAUAGGGUCCCUGUGCUCAUCUGACUCCAGGACAUGAGAAGGACGUUUCUAUCUCCUCCAGCCCAAUUUGGAGCUGGUUUGGGGCACUGGAAUGAGGUCUCCUUCUCUUGAGGGCUGGCUCUGGAUUAAUGGAACCUGUGGCCCGGCUCCGGGCGCCGAGCCCAGCUCCUUUGCUGCGAUCAGUUAGCACACGGAGCUGGUGUUUUGCUUGGUCGGUCGCUUUUUUUCUGAGCCGUGACCUAAUGUUCCAGCUACAGCCCCUCCUAGGGGCCUUCUGUCUGAAACGCGUGUCCGGACUGAAUUCAGCGAACUUCCCGGAGCAAGACGCCGUGUUCCUCCACCCAGGGAAGCCAUCUGCUCCCCUCCACCAGCUCCUUCUGCGGGGCUUCGAGCUCGCCAGCCGGGCUGGGAAGCUCUCCUCCUCCUCGCUUGCCCCGGCUCUCCUCGGCCAUCUUGCGAGCAGAAGGCUCGGGAACGCGGGGCCGGCUGGAUCUGGGCCGGCGAUGGUGUCAGCCGGAGGCGGUUUCCAGGCAACUGUCGCGCCGUGGGACCCGCGAGCCAAGAACAGCGGGGACAGCGCGUUCCGCGCGCCGCCUGGGAGGGGACCGCGACACGCACGGAAGGAGCCGGCACAGGACGGCGCGGAGGGGGCGGCGCACGGAUGGCGGCAGAGGAGGGGGUCUCCAGAAUAGCCCCUCCGGCCCGCGGAUCGUCACACCCCUCCCUGGCUGGGAGCGAGCAUUUCCAAGCUGGCUGCUGGUGCAUCUCUUGACAAGGAAGAACUACGUGAUGUAUGGGAUUUCACAUGCCUUCUGCAUCCUUUGGAAGAGCAAAGAGAAAAUAAACAUUGUGCCAGACUGUACCACAGCCCCCAGACUUAUUUCAGGUGGUCCCGUGCUUGUCUGUCCCUUAUCAAGUACAAAGCUCCAUCCCUACAAGUCACGAACUAUUUUUGUGCAAGCAUCCCAGCUCUGUGUCCCUGGGUGUCUCUGCAAAGGUCCUGCGGCUGCAAUACUAAAGCAUCAAAAUCUGCGGGUGUCCCGUCAGGCAGCCCCAUGCUGGCUGGCCUCAAAAAGCUGAGCCUGCGAAUCCUUCAGGAUUUCAGUGGAAGCAACGGCUCCUUGGAGAAAAGUUCCCAGCCAGAGAGAGUGGGGCUGCACUUAAGGGCUGGAGAGCCAGGGUUCCAACAGCAGCAUGAAGAGGCAAAUGCAGGGUGGACCAAAGGAUCAAAGCUGGCAGCACUUUUUGAGCAUCCUCUUUACAACAUCCCCGUCCCAGAGGUGACAGAGAAAGACAAGCUGUUUAUCGUCAACCCCAUGGAGAAGUUCAGCCUGCACAGCAGUGGGAGUGACGAAUGGGUCAGCAGCAGUAAAGCCGAGACGCUCCUCCCGACAGGGAAGACGGCUUAUGACACCUACCCCCCCUGGCUCAAAUUCCACGUCGGCAUCAACCGCUAUGAGCUGUACCCCCGCCAGGACCCCUUGUUGCCCACGCUCCUCCGGGAUUUGGCCACGCAGAGGAUCGUCAGCUCGGUCCAGAAGUCCGGUGGGACCCAGCUCAAGCUCAUCAUGACAUUCCCGAACUACGGGCAGGCCCUCUUCAAGCCCAUGAAGCAGACCCGGGACCAGGAGACCCCCAUUGAUUUCUUCUACUUCUCAGACUUUGAGCGGCACAAUGCAGAGAUUGCAGCCUUCCACCUGGACAGGAUCCUGGAUUUCCGGCGAAUCCCCCCAGUUUCUGGCCGUUUGGUCAACAUAACAAAGGAAAUUCAGGAUAUCACCACAGACAAGAAACUGGCCAAGACUUUCUUCAUCUCCCCAGCGGGUAACGUCUGCUUCUACGGGGAGUGCUCCUACUACUGCUCCACCGAGCACGCCCUCUGCGGCAAACCGGACCGGCUGGAGGGCUCCAUGGCUGCCCUGCUCCCUGACAAGACCCUGGCCAAGCGCCACUCCUGGCGCAGCCCCUGGCGCCGCUCCUACCACAAGAGCAAGAAGGCUGAGUGGGAGCUGAACCCCAACUACUGCGCUCAGGUGCGAGAGACGCCGCCUUACGACAGGGGCCAUCGCCUCCUCGACCUCAUCGACAUGGCAAUCCUCGAUUUCCUCAUGGGCAACAUGGACCGGCACCACUAUGAGACCUUUGAGAAAUUUGGGAAUGACACUUUCCUGCUCCACCUGGACAACGGUCGCGGCUUCGGCACGCACUCACGCGAUGAACUGUCCAUCCUGGCCCCUCUCCAGCAAUGCUGCAGCAUCAAGAAGUCAACUUACCUGCGGCUGCAGCUGCUGGCCACCCAGCCCUACCGCCUGAGUGACGUGCUGCGGGAGGCGCUGGCCACAGAUCCGCUGGCCCCCGUCCUGGCUGAGCCCCAUCUGCAGGCACUGGACCGGCGCCUGGGAAAGGUCCUGGUGGCGGUGGGACGCUGCCUGGCCAGGGCAGCCCACCAGGAAAAGGUGCUGGUGGAUGAUGUGGGGUCGUGGGUGUGAUGGGGGCUGGGUACCCUGCUGGACUGGGCAGUUUUGGUGUGCUGCUAAGGGUGAUGUGGGGAUUGAUGUGCAGCUCUGAUUCUGCGUAGCAUCAGCUUUUGGUAGUGCCAGAGCUGGUGGCGUGAUGAACCAGGAAAGCAGGUUGUAAGGAUAGGUGGGACAGGGAGGGAAUUUAAAUAAAAAGGUUGGCCUAGUGGAGAAGACACGAGCUGUGAUCUUCCCCACCAAGGCUGCUUUCCCUACCCUGGCCUGUCCUUGCAUGUCUGGAUGUGUCACGUCAGCCCUCCAAAGCCUUUUAGGAAAGGGUAGGAAUUUUUCCUGCCUUUCCCCAGCAAGAACUGCCAAACUGGAACAGCUGGCCCCACCCCUUCUGCCCCACCCCCACCCCCAGCACGGUGAUGCCCUGGUGACCCCAAAAAGAGAGCUGAGACUCCCCACUGCUGCUGUGGGGAAAACGAGGCAGAAGUUCCCAGCUACACACCAUUUAUCUUUGCCCCGGUCUUCCCACACCCACUCAAAAACUCCUAUGGCUCUGGCAUCACCACCUCCUCCACAGGACCAGGGAUGCAGCAAGGACAAACCCCACUGCCCUGAGAACAUCUUCCCAAAUCCCCCAGGAGCUGCCACUGACUCCCUUCACACCCAAAAAAGUGGCUCCUGAGGAGGGGAUGGAUUGACCUGGGGCUGUGCACCCUACUUAGUGCCUGGUGGCUCAGCACCCAGCUUAUCCCCUGAGCCUCCCGGGGGGGUUAAUCCAUGCAGGGUUACGUCAGCUGGAGCAGGUGCCAUUGUGACAGCCACUGCCGGCGUACCCAGGUUGGGACACAGGAUUGCCAUCUGCAUGGCCAGAGAUAAAGGUGCCACUAGGGAGGGGAGAUGUCCUCUGUCCCAGCCAGAUACUUGCAAAGGGAUGAGAAGCCACGGGAGAGGGUGAAAAAGGGCAGCUGGCACAGUGGGAGAUGGAGCUGGAAAAGCUAGGCAGAUAUUUUGGCUGGAACAAAAAAUGGGCUCAAAAGGAAGGGAAAAAAAAAAAGAAAAGGGAGACAAAGAGGAUCUGUCUGCGUUACACAACAGGGCUGAGGACGCUGAAUUGGGGGUUUGUUGCGGUGUGCCCCCCCAAUGCUGACAGCACGUCCUCCUGCCACUGCCCUGGCUUGUGCCCCAAAGCCCAGCACAGGGAGGAAAGGGUUUCAGGGCUGUUUUGCAAUAGGUUACUUCCCUUCUGCCAGCUUCGUAGUUUUUUUAACUCUUUCUAUAAAUACCUUUUUGCCCCAUAUCCAAAGCCAGGGAACCAUUCCCGCCCACAGAAAUAGUCUAAACAACCACGUCCAGACACAGGUGACCAGUUGCCCUGACUCCCUGAGCUUCCCCAGGCAACUAUUUUUCCGAGGCGCCGUCAGAUUUAAAACGCGAGGUGUGGAGGGGUGGCUGGUUUUUUCAGCCUGGUGAGUUUGCACAAGCUCUGUUCAAGGUCCCAUGGGAGCAGCCCGGUUUGGCUCACACGCCCCCGACGAGCCUGCCCGGCCGCCCGCGGGGCAGAACGCCGGCAGCGGGCUGUCUGCGGCCGGCGGGCCGGGCAGCAGCAGAGCUCGCCCGCCCAGUCGAGGCGGCGUGGGCGCACGGGUGCCGAGCGGCGCUGCCCACGCCCCAGGGAUAGGUUCGGCCGUGACGGGCGGUGCGUGGGGUGCGGGGAUUUCUCACCCCACCAGGACCAGCAAACCAGCCACCCCAGAAAAGCCCAAACGGGGCUGGGGUGCAGCCCUGCACCUGGGAGCUCCCAUUUUGGGCUGGCAUCACCCACGCCCUUGGCUGGCGGCGUGGGCUGCCCGCUGCCCGUGCUGGGCACGGCAUAGGAACCCCAGGGCUGAGGUGUUUGGGGACCAGGUCCGGGUGGGCAGCAGAGUGCAGAUAGGCUCUCAUCGUCCCCCCAAGAUGAUGAAAAUAAAAGAAAAUGAAAUAAAAAG